AUGCAAAUAUCACCAAACACCAUGGACUAUGUUUGCGAUUACUGCAGUCGGUCAUUCACUCGAAAGUACAAUCUGCAGACACACAUAGAGAACUGUCACCUCAACUCGUCAUGCUAUUGUGAUAUAUGUGAUCAAAGAUUCGGCAGCCCGGCGGGGCUCCAGCUUCAUCUGUCAAGAGGACACAAUCGAUUUGGACAAGGAUUUCCAGAAUGCGAUCUAUGUGGUAGAAUCUUUACAAGAAAACAGAAUAUCACAUCGCACAUGAUAACAGUUCAUUUACAAGGCAGUAGGCAAGAUAUACGCUGCAAUUUGUGCAAUAAGACCUUCACGACGGAUCGUAACUUGAAACGACAUAUAAAUCAACUUCAUAACCCUAACAUUGAGUACCCGACUUGUGACGACUGUCACAAAGUCUUCAAAGGAAAACACUCUUUGAUAGCGCAUAUACAUUCAGCGCAUAGUUCAGUUUUUAAAGGCGUUUGCAAGUGCAACUUGUGCGGUAAGGUUUACACGAAUAAUAGGAAUUUGAAGAGACAUGUGGAGAUGAAUCAUGGGGAAAGGGGUGAGUUCAAGUGUGAGGUGUGUCCUAAAGUGUACACUUCGAAUCAGAGCUUACGGCGUCACGCUAGAAGUCAUAGUGGGUAUAAUUAUUCUCAAUUUAAUUGUGAUUUCUGUUCUAAAACGUUUGUCGGUAAAGAGAAUCUUGACAGCCACAUGUUGUUUUGUCAUAGGGAGAAUUCAAGUUCGAACGAAUUUGAAGGUAGAUCAAGCCUCUUCGAAUGUGAAUUUUGUAAUAACGCAUACGAUUUUGAAACUAGACUAAGGUUUCACAUAAAAACAGAUCACUCGUUCCAAGAUUUCUAUAACUAUUGCAAGAAGUCAUUGAUGAAGACAAGGACGUCGGAAAAAUCGAGGAAACAGAAAUUUUUGUUCUUUAAUUGUGAAUAUUGCAUCAACGCUUUCGCUACCGUCUACGAUUUGAAAGACCACAUGAGAUCGAACCACGAUAAGGAGUACAAUUUGUCGACGUGCAACGUAUGCUUCAGCAAAUUCUUUAGUAAAGAAACGUUGGUCGAGCACAAAAAGAUAUGUAUACCGCCGGAGAACGUUAACUCUUGCAGCCACUGCGACAAAUUAUUUACGGACAUUUCAAGCCUUAUCUUUCAUACAAAAAUCUUUCAUCCUCAAGCGCAAGUCGCCGAUUCUAACAUAACAUCUAGUUACAUUGAAGAAUCAUUAGAAGCAUCCUUCAAAUGCCUGCACUGCGAUAGGGUAUACUAUAGCGACAGAUCACUUAAACACCACGUCAAAUUGAAACACUCGACUGACGAGGCGGUCGAGUGCCAAUACUGCGGAAAAAUUUGCAAUAACAAAUACUAUCUGGCAUCGCAUAUAAAAAUCGUCCAUACUAAUGAUUCCUGGUCGAAAUGCGAUUACUGCGAUAAGCAAUUCAAAUCGAAGAGAAACAUACGGCGUCAUAUCGAAUACACACACUUGGGCAUGCAGAGAUACAAGUGCAUCGAAUGCGAAACAUUGUUCAAGGAAAAACGGAGCUUACGUAAGCAUGUCAGGACGAAACAUCCAAAUUCGACAGCGUUCCCUCAAUGCCAUAUCUGUCAAAAACGCUUCGAAUCGGCGAAAUCUUGCAAAAUACAUCUAAAACUACUUCACUCGUUCAAUAUGAACACACACCCAUGCGAUCUGUGCUCGGUUUCAUUUACAUCGAUAGAAUCGCUAAACAUACAUUUGUCGACAAAGCAUUUAGCUGAGGACGAAAUUUACAAAUGCGAAGAUUGUAAUAUGGUUUUUAAAGGGCAAGAAAGUUUCGACCAACAUAAUGAAAAUUACCACGUGAACAUACCGACAUUAAAACAGAACUCUCUACCCCGUUGCAUUAUAUGCAUGAAAGAUUUUAGUACUCGAAAAACACUAAAGAGACAUAUAAAAAAGUUCCAUUGUGAGUUUAAUGUCGAUGAAUUAGCUAUAUACGGUUCCAAGAAGAGAAUAUUCCACGUAGAUUGUGUGGACUGUCUCAAAAAUUUCAACGAUGAGUUUUAUUUUAAUGCCUACCAAAAGUUGAAGCAUAUUCGAGAUUCAAUAAUAUUCAAAUGUGAAACGUGCACGAAAUCAUAUUCCUGUUUGGAGUACGCCAUAAUGAGAUAUAAGCAAACUUUUGAUGUGUCCAAAAGUAAGUUAUAUUUGAGCGAGCUCUGUACAGCUGAAAUGAGCGAUGCUGAAGGAGAUUCUAAUGAAAGAAUGGAACCGGAGAGUACGACGAGUGACAUAAAACUAGAAUCUCAAGACCAAGUCAUAUCUGAGUAUUAUAUUAAGAUGGAACCUUUGUCGCCAUGAAGCUGAAACAAACACAUCACUACUAAAUUGUAAUUGUCAUAUUGUGAGUUAAUUUUCGAAAGUGGCAAACUCCAAAUGUAAUUAUUUUUUUUAACAAAAAGUUUCUAAUGCUUUUACUGAAUAUUGAAACCAAUUUAUUUAAUUUCAAUCCAAGUUUGUAUAAUGUGAUUUUCUUGAAGAUAAAUUUCGUUUGUCUUUAAGAAAUACCUAAUAGGUACAAAUUAAUUUCGUUUCAAUUACCGCCUUUGGUGGAAUUGUGGAAAAAUGGAUAUGGUUUGUUUGGAAAAUUAUCUCCUGAAUUGUGUUACUGACAAUUUCGAUUAUAUGUAGUUGAUUUUUUAGUGUUGCCAUCUUCAACGGCCAAAAAUAAAAUUUUAUUCAGCAGCCAUACCAUAAUUGACUUGAAUGCCAUUCAAUAUAAAUUGCUUUAAUAAAACGAUAAAUUGUCAAUCAUUCAAAAAAUGGCAAUUACAAUCGAUAGCCUAUACAAGUGAAGUCAAUAAACUAAACCACAUGGAGUACAUACUGUUUCUAAGUCUGUCAAACAGAAGCAGUAUUUUAGACAUUUAGUAGAAUUUUUAGUAUAUCUUAUUGUCUUUUUUUUAAGUAAAUUAAGAUAUCUGAUCCGGUUGUUAUCAUCAUCAGACACCUGAUAGCUAUAUUUACACAUAGUAGGCAAUAUGCUAACCUGCAGUGUAGCAGUAUGGUAGAUUAAGCUUCGAACCUUCUACACAAAGAAAGAGGUCUAUCUCCAGUAAUGGAAUGAAACAGGCUGAACAUGAUAGUUUUGUAUAUGCAUGAUAACCUAAUCAUUGUUAUAUGCGUAGCUCCAGUGUACUGUCCUAAGGAAUGUAUUUACUGACAUUGGGUACUCCCGAACGACGGUAUUAAAUUAGAUUUUUUUUAAGUUAUACUUCUUUUGGCCUGUUAGGGAAAAAUGAUGAGAGUAAAUGUUUACGAUGAUCGCGUACACCGUCACAAACAAUCAACAUCUAAAGUUAGCUAGUCGACGAAGAAGUUAGCAACGUGAAGUUAGCUAGCCAAUAAAGUAUAAAUUCUUACGUGCGUACAUAAGUACACACACACUUUUUGUAUUCAUUGUUGUCAGGAUAAGAUGUGAAAAAAAAGCGAUAUAUUUACUGUCUGCUAGUAGAUUACAUUUCAUAUCACGGAUAAUUUUGUUUAACUUGUACUAUGGUUAUAAAUUAUAAUCAAAUAAUUAAGACUGACUGUAUGUUAAGGAAUGUAUUUAAAUAUUUAAUAUUAAAUGUAUGUACUCUCAUACUCCUAGCGUUUUAAAUAUUGUAUAGAUUUAAGCUUACUCGCCUAAACUGUAUAGAUUUUUAACGAUAAUAAACACAUGUUAUUCAA